AUGGACUUUCAAACGAAAUUCUCUGCUCCGGAAAGCAAAGCGAAACCGUCGCUGCUCACUUCACAGGCGCCCGCCGCCAGCUUCCUUGCCACCAGCAACGCCAGCAACCCCUUCCCGGCGGUCCCCGCAUCGGUCAAUGUAGUCGGGCCGGUUCUCCAAAAACCGCCACCUUCGCCAGCACCGGUUCCCGUGCCCCAACCGCAGCACGCCGCUCUUCCUCCGGCACGGCCGAACCCGGGGCCGAUCUUCCCCCGCUCGCCGAACGAGCCACCAGCUCCGGUUCGAUUCGCUCCCGAGUCCGCGCCCCGGCCCGAGGUUAAGUUUGCCCCGGCGUCGACUCCGCUGAAAGCCGCACUUAUCGGGCGGCCACCCUUGCAACGGGAAGUGAUUCCGAUCGGUGCGUCUCCACCUUCGGUUCCUCUGAUCGGCCAGCGUCAGCAGGUUCUUCCCGAGCGGUACGUGAUGGAACCGCCCCGACCGCCCAGUAUGUCACCCUCGGGUGCUCCGCAGAUGAUGGUCGGCCGACCGGGAGGUCCGCCGGUGCAGGGAGGACCUCCCCGAGCGGGCACUCCAACACAGCAGCAGCAGCAGCAGCCGAUGCCUCGACCUCCGCCGGGUGGUAUGUACCCCGGGCCUCAUCAACCACCAGGCGUCCCCAUGGGCAUGCGUCCGCAACUCCCACCCGGGGCUGGCGUUCCCGGCAUGCCGCAGCCCGGCAUGCAACCGAGACCUCCAGCGCCUCAGCAAGGCAUGCAGCGACCUCCCAUGAUGGGAGGUCAACCCCCGGUCCGACCACCCGGCCCGAUGGGAGGUCCUCGCCCGACGAUUUCACCCCAGAACUCCAACCUGGGCGGCGGGGGAAUGCCGCCCGGAAUGGGACCUCGCCCUGCGGGUCCGAUGCAGGGAGCUCCAUACACUGGAGAUCCUCAGGCCGGUAGACCACAGGCAGGUCCUCCCUCGGGUGGUAUGCGUCCAACGCUCUACAACCGGCCGAUGGGAGACGCCAGUAGACCAACCUCGGGGACACCCGAUGGGACUACUGGUGCUGGUGGACUUCCCUCGGCAACCCACUCGAUCGAUGACGACGAAGACGUGGUGAUCGGGAAACUCCCGAUGGACGGUGGACCGUCCGCACUCAACAGUCCCAAUCCGGCCCGGGGUCCACCGCGCAGCUUCAACAUGCCGCCGGGCUCGGGAAUCGGUGACCGGGAAAAGUCCAUCCCGUCGCGCCCUCCCUCGGUCGCCGGAAGUUACGCCGCGGAUGGGAGCGAACCGCAAGGGAAUCGCGUUCCGCUGCACGCGCUGAAAGACUUCAUCAACAAGGAUCCGUCCUCGCGCCAGCCGUCCGCGUCCUCGCCGGGGCAAACGCCGGGCAGCCAGCAGCUGUCGCCGGCCAACACGGACGAUAACUUUACCGCCGGCUACCAGCGGCCGGGCGGGCCGGGAAAACCACUCCUGCCCCAGCAGCAACCGUACAAGAUGGGGCCGCCUGGUCCACUGCAGCCCGGGGGACCUUCACCGACGGCGGGCAUGCACGGGGACAAGGUGACCUUCCAGAUUCCGAACGGCGGUACCCAAGAGUGGACCGGCAGAUCCCGACCUCCCCAGCAGCCGAUGGGCCGAACGAUGCCAUCGUCGGCGAUGAAACUGACCGCAGAUCACAAAGGUGACAACGAUAGUGGCGUGGACGAGUACACUCAGGAGAAGGAUCGUCCCAAUGCGCUAGCAUCGCCAGCGUCGCCACUGAAGUCGCCGAGCAAGAUACCGGGCCUAGCCAGACGGCCAGAGAACAUCUCGUCCGAGAGCCGAUCGCGGAGUACGUCGAAGCAGCGCGCCAACGCGAAAACACCCGAGACGCCCUCCGAACCGCAGCCGCUUAUUAAAAAAGUACCAAUGAACAAGAUACAGGUCGGCGGAGUGCCGUCACCGAACCUGAAGGUGGUGAAGUCGAAGAUCGGCUCACUGGAGAACGCGAGCCACAAGCCGGGCGGUGGCAAUGUGAAGAUCGAGACGAAGAAGAUCGAGGUGAAGGCGGCGCCGAGGAUUGAGGCAAAGAACGAGGCAUAUGUGCCGAAAGGCGGUGAUAAGAAGAUCAUCAGCACGAAGCUGCAGUGGAAUGCGAAGCCGAAGAUCGGCUCGCUGGAUAACGCCAGCCACAAGCCGGGCGGCGGUGACAAACGCAUCGAAUCCAUCAAAACUGACUUCAAGGAGCGAGCGAAACCGAAAAUUGGCUCCAAGGAUAACAUGACCUACAAACCCGGCGGAGGUGACGUUAAGAUCGUAACCCAGAAGCUGGACAUUAAGGCUGAGAGCAAGAUCGGUUCGCUCGACAACCUCAAGCACAAACCGGGCGGCGGCGACAAGAAGAUCUUCGACGACAAGGAGUAUCUGAAGCAGAUCGAGCACCCGAUCACGCCGAGCCCUUCCACGCAGCGAUCGUCGUCCAUGCGCCGGAUGACGGCGAGUGUGUCCGGAGUGGAUGCGCUUUGCCGCAGCAUCGACUACGAACCGGCUCGGGUGCCUCCGCUGGCGACCGCUUCGCUGACCGCAUCGCUCACCAUUCCGACCGAGUGCAUCGUCCUGUCGGUGGCGGACGAGCCGAGCCCAGAGGUGCAGAAAGUCGAACCGGUCACAUCCGCGUUGCCCUUCCGUCGGGAUGGCCGGGCCAUCCAUCCGAAGCCGUUCCGCACGUACUAA